UCUCGGUUCCUCUUUAUCAGCUGCUGAUCUCGUGUUUGUUGGUGUCGGUCUGACUCACUUGUCAAAACAGGCUUCCUCUGACAACGGUUACUUCUCCUUUCUGAGCUCAGAGACGCAGAGGAUCCUCGACGGGAUGGACGACAACGAGACCUACAUGAAUAAGAAACCCACAAAAACUGACAUACAGGCUCCUUCCCGAGACUAUCUGAACUCCACCUACACCGAGCUGAACAUUCGGAAAGUCGAACGCUUCCCCAAUACACAAACAGAUGGACUGGACCCCACCUACUCUCAGCUGAACCUUCUUCACAAUGAUCUUCUCAUCGCGAAGGAAGAAGAUCCUCCUAUUGCUUCGAGACCAGGAAAAAUGCCAAUGACUGCUCAGGCAGACGGUCUGAACUCCAUCUACUCAGUGGUGAAGCUACCGGAAGACGAACUUCACAUCGAUGAUUAUGACGUUCCUCCCAUUGCCUCCGGACCCGCCGAAAUGUCACAGACAGACGGUCUGAACUCCACCUACUCAGUGCUAAAACUACCGGAAGACGAACUUCACAUCGAUGAUAACCAUCCCAUUGCCUCGGGACAUGCCGAAGUGUCAGUGGCUGCAGAGACAGGUGCGCAGAAACAGGAGCCGAAGCAGAACAUCGGAAAUCGAUCCGUCCGUAAGAUCUCCCUACUCUGUCUCGUUACGAUCGGCGUCGCGAUGGUGGCCGGGCUUUCGAUCUAUGUAUCGCAGACUCGACAGUCUCUGAUCACCGCCGACCGAAACUACCGGAGACUUUGGGAACAACAUCAGGAGAUGAACAGGACCCAGCGCCAAUGUCAACAGCAUGUCCAUGAGUUGAACACAACCCUUGAAUCCAGGACAUCCGAGAACUCCCUCCUGGAUAUCUCUCAGAGAACCUGUCUGAAUAGUCUUUUCGCCAUGAACAACAACCUGACUAUCCUCGAAAACAACAUUUCCGUCCUCAACUCGGAUCUCUCGGAGCUGAAUCGAACGCACAACGAUCUCCGUUAUCAGUUCAAUCAGCUCGAAAUGAAGUACAGAAACAUCAACGAAAACAAAGCUCAGAUUUGCCAAUACCUUAUCAGGAGAACAGUUGCAGAGCAAACGUGUCCGCAAAUCUGGAUCAAAAAUGAAGACCGGUGUUAUUUCAUAUCCAAGAUCGCAAAUACUUAUGAUGGAGCGAGGCAACAUUGUUCAGAACUUGAUUCAGGGCUCCUCGAAAUAAAUUCAAACAAGGAAAAGAAUUUUGUUUCUAAUGCUGUCUAUCAAUCUGUACCAUACUGGAUCGGAAAAUGCGCAAACAGGUGAGGUUUGGACUGUUGCCGGUCUGUGGUGUUGGAUUGGGACAGUGGGUUAGUUUGGAGAAUGAAACGAGGUCGUGUGGAUAGAGUCGGGCAGUGGGAUUAGUUUGAGUUCUGACCCAGAUCUAUGGGGAGAGAGGGAGUCAGUGAGAUCAGUUUGGACAAAGGCUCGGUGUUGUUUUGAGAGUGGAGCCGCGGGAUUAGUUUGUUGACUGACAGAGUGUUGUCCCGAGAGGGUGAGGAAGUGGGAUUAAUUUGGGAGAUUAUUCGGGAUUUUAGCAGAGCGCGGUAUAAUGAGAUUCGUUCGGCCAUGGACCUGGAGCUGUGAGGAGAGCGCGGUAUCAUGGGAUUAGUUCCGAGGCUGACUGUGGGCUGUGGGGAGAGCGCGGUAUCAUGGAAUUAGUUCCGAGGCUG